UGAGGACUUCAGCUGGACUGCUUGUGAUGCUAUUAACAGUAUCCCAAGCUCCUAUUAAGUACGUACAGCUGGCCACGGCGUGUUUGUCCAAUGGCGAGCAGCUGGUGUUUUGCGACUCCGAGGGAACGGAUCUUCAGUACAGUUGGGCUCUCAACCAUCAAAGACUGGAGGACACGGCGCUUCUCUCUGGACAUAUCCAUUCGAAGAGUAUCAUCCUCAAACAGCAUGUCUCAGGAUGGCUGGUGUGCAAUGUCAGGAAUCACAUCAGUGAUGACAAAGGAGGAGUUGACAUAGAUACUUGUGACCUACCCUUGCCUGUUGUAACAGGCACAACUCCUCUUGCUGCGUCUGGCUCAGCAGCCGUGUCUCCUGACCCCUUGUAUGAGGCAGCCUCAUCUUUACUCCCAACUGAAGGAGAGCCAACACCAUCUUCACUUUUGUCAGGGAGGAGUGUAGAGAGCCAAAAAGACAUUGCUACUGGCACUGGCUCCACAGAUGGGGAAAAUAACAGACGUGAGACCCCAGAAAGAGACAGAGAAAUGGAGGAUGCAGCAGAUAAUUUUCUGUCGGAGGACCCAGGAUUUGUAUUUGUGAACUGCAGUUCAAAUGGAACGCAUAUAUCACAGUGGAGGCCUGUCAAUGACACUAUCUGCGAUAAGCCAAUUUAUAUACCCAUCUCCUCUCAAAUUGUUGUGCUGAUAAGUCGUAACAGCUGUGGGGCAGCGAUCAUUGUGUUAAUGAUUGGAGUGGUGAUAUUCUACACGCUGAAGAAAACGGAGAACAAGACACACGAAGUUCAACCUUGGCAAGCCGGGUGUGGCACACUUGGGAGUGCACCUGCAGCUCAUCAUCAAUCACCACUGCUUUUAAGGAGCGGCCUGGGCAGGACACCCACCCAGCAAAGCCCUCGAAGCCACCAGCCAUAGACUCAACCAUCACCCCCGCACCCCCUCAGCAUCUUACCUUUGUUAGAUAAAAUCCCUUCACUCUACAUCUGUUUCCCGGUCGCAUUUUGUUCCACAUCAGCUUUGCCUACCUUGCCUUUACACCAUAUUUCAUUUCAUAUUUUAAUGCAUGCUCA